CCUCUGCUGUGCGUGUAUGUCACAAAAGCUUGAGUGGGCUAAGUAGUUUAGUAAUACCAGUAUGUUGAGCAAUGUUUAAUUGUCAUUGAGCGAUCUCCAUUGGGUGGGACUUUCUGAAUAUCUUGGACACUCGCAUUCGUUCUUGUAUUAUUCCCUCAUCUCUCAUUGGACUCUAAUGUUUAAUUAGUGCGGUGAUUAUAAGAAUUUUUUACAUUUUAAAGUAACUUUCGCGUGAAGUAGCUACAUCGUGGAGCCUUUUUUCGGACCAGUCUUCAAGUUUUUUUUCUUUCUUUUUUCACUCAGAGGCUCUUAAAUAAUGGAGUGUUUAUUGACGAUCUUUCUGGGCUUUAUCUGCGUGCUGCUGUUCUGCGUGUUCUGCAGUCGCAAGCGGAAGGAUGGUGAGCCCCCUCUGAUUAAAGGCUGGAUUCCAUUCCUGGGGAAAGCUCUAGAAUUCAGAAAAAACUCUCAGCAGUUUCUUUCACAACUGCAGCAGGAGCAUGGAGAUGUUUUUACUGUACUUAUAGCAGGAAGGUACAUUACAUUCAUAAUGAAUCCUUUUCUUUACCCGUCUGUGAUCAAACAUGGGAAACAGUUGGAUUUCCACAAGUUUUCAGACAGUGCAGCAUCCAGGUCAUUCAAUUACACACCAGUACAGAGUGGCCUCUUCCCUGGAAUGAGUGACCACAUCCAGCGGAGUUACAGUCUGCUGAAGGGGCCUGACCUCGACCUGCUCACGUCCAGCAUGAUGACAAAAUUGCAGCAGGUCCUGCGAUGCCGUUUUCUGUCCAGUGAAGAGUCUGGGUCUGAUGGAGAUUGGCAAGAGACAGAACUAUAUGAGUUUUGUAAAUGCGUAAUGUUUCGGACCACAUUUAACACUCUGUAUGGACAUUCAGAAAAACUUUGUCUGGAUCAGCUGCGAGAGGACUUUGAGAAGUUUGAUGGCAUUUUCCCUUUACUAAUGGCCCGUGUGCCCAUCGCAUUGCUGGGAAAAACCAAAGAGAUUCGUGAGAAGCUAAUAAGAUUUUUCUACCUUCAAAGAAUGGAAGAAUGGAGGGGUCCAUGCAAGUUCAUACAGAAACGAAUGGAGCUGUUCCAGCAGUAUGACACGCUUCAGGAGAGAGAUAAAGCAGCACAUCAUUUUGCCAUGAUGUGGGCAGCAGUAGGAAACACCAUCCCAGCAGCCUUCUGGUGUCUUUACCACCUCAUCUCCUGCCCAGAAGCCCUUGAGGCAGUGAGAACAGAGAUUAUCAGUGUGGUUGGAGAGAAGAACAUGAAGUUGAUCUUUGAAGAGGACAUCACAAUCACACGACAACAGCUAGAACAGAUGGUUAACCUGGAGAGUUCAAUAAAUGAGAGUUUGCGUCUCUCCUCUGUAUCAAUGAACAUCCGUGUGGUUCAGGAAGAUUUCUGUUUGUGCCUGGGUGACCAGCAUUCAAUCAACUUGAGAAAAGAUGACAUUGUUGCUCUUUACCCAGAAAGCACACACCUUGAUCCUGAAAUAUAUGAUCAGCCUCAGCGCUUCCGAUUUGACCGAUUUGUGGAAGAUGGGAAAGAAAAAACAGAUUUUUAUAAAUGUGGUCAGAAGGUCCGGUACUAUCUUAUGCCUUUCGGCUCCGGAGCCACACAGUGUCCAGGGCGUUUUUUCGCAAUGAAUGAGCUGAAGCAGUUUGUGUGUGUGACACUGCUCAUGUGUGAAAUGCAGUUGUCGAAGAACCAGCAGGAGGCAAUGCUAGACAAAAGCCGUGCUGGUCUAGGAGUCAUGCCACCUGUUAAUCAAAUCACUUUUAAAUACAGAACCAAAAAACCAGGGGACAACAUGAAGAGGGAGGAAUGAACUGAGUGAAUAGAGACUGUCUGUUUUUUUGCUUGGGUGUUUUUCUUUCAUUUUUUCACAGCUAUAAACUGCAGU